CCUUGUGCUGAUUUGCCUUUUUUAGGUUCACGCGUGGGAGAUCUCAGACCAGUUGCUACAGAUCCGUCAGGAUGUGGAAUCGUGCUACUUUGCAGCACAGACCAUGAAGAUGAAGAUCCAGACUUCAUUUUAUGAACUCCCCACAGACUCACAUGCUUCAUUACGGGACUCUUUGCUGUCCCACAUACAGAACUUGAAAGACCUAUCACCCGUCAUUGUAACUCAGCUUGCUUUAGCAAUAGCAGACCUUGCCUUGCAGAUGGCAUCUUGGAAAGGCUGCGUACAGACACUGGUUGAAAAGUAUAGCAAUGAUGUGACAUCAUUGCCUUUUCUGCUGGAGAUCCUCACAGUGCUGCCAGAGGAGGUUCACAGCCGAUCGUUACGCAUUGGAGCCAACCGCCGUACUGAAAUCAUUGAAGACCUGGCUUACUACUCUAGCACUGUGGUCUCUCUGUUGAUGACCUGUGUGGAGAAGACAGGCAAUGAUGAGAAGAUGCUCAUCAAGACCUUUCGCUGCCUUGGGAGUUGGUUUAACCUGGGAGUUCUGGACAGCAACUUCAUGGCCAACAGCAAGCUGUUAUCGCUCCUCUUCGAAGUGCUGCAACAGGACAAGACCUCGUCCAACCUGCACGAGGCAGCCUCUGACUGUGUGUGCUCAGCGCUCUACGCCAUCGAGAACGUGGAGACAAAUCUGCCCCUUGCAUUGCAGCUCUUUCAGGGGGUCCUGACACUCGAGACUGCCUAUCACAUGGCUGUAGCACGAGAGGAUUUAGACAAGGUGCUUAAUUACUGCCGUGUCUUCACUGAACUCUGUGAGACGUUUCUAGAUAAAAUUGUGUGCACCCCAGGCCAGGGGCUGGGUGACCUGCGGACCCUAGAGUUGUUGCUGAUCUGUGCGGGCCAUCCGCAGUAUGAGGUGGUAGAAAUUUCCUUUAACUUCUGGUACAGACUGGGGGAGCAUCUAUAUAAAACGGAGGACGCAGUCAUACACAGCAUCUUCAAAGCCUACAUACAGAGACUUCUCCACGCACUGGCCAGACACUGUCAGCUUGACCCAGACCACGAGGGUGUCCCGGAGGAGACGGAUGACUUCGGGGAGUUCCGCAUGAGGGUGUCAGACCUGGUGAAGGACUUGAUUUUCCUCGUGGGAUCCGUGGAGUGCUUUGCCCAGCUGUAUGCUACCUUGAAGGAUGGGAACCCUCCCUGGGAGGUGACGGAAGCUGUUCUCUUCAUCAUGGCCUCAAUAGCCAAGAGCGUUGACCAGGAGAAUAAUCCGACAUUAGUGGAAGUGCUGGAAGGGGUGGUGCGCCUACCGGAAACGGUGCACACUGCUGUGCGCUACACCAGCAUUGAGCUGGUGGGGGAGAUGAGCGAAGUCGUGGACAGAAACCCUCAUUUCCUGGAUCCUGUGCUCGGGUACUUGAUGAAAGGUCUGUGCGACAGGCCGCUGGCCUCUGCUGCCGCCAAAGCCAUUCAUAAUAUCUGCUCAGUCUGCCGGGACCACAUGGCUCAGCACUUUAAUGGACUGCUGGAGAUCGCCCGCUCCCUGGAUUCCUUCAUGCUGUCUCCAGAGGCUGCUGUAGGACUCCUCAAAGGGACAGCGUUGGUCCUGGCCAGGCUACCCUUGGAAAAGAUCGCGGAAUGCCUCAGCGAGCUGUGCGCCGUGCAGGUGAUGGCGCUCAAAAAGCUGCUUUCUCAGGAGCCGAGCAAUGGCCUCUCAUCAGACCCUACUGUGCCCCUUGAUCGACUUGCUGUCAUAUUUAGACAUACCAACCCCAUUGUAGAAAAUGGACAGAUCCAUCCGUGCCAAAAAGUCAUUCAGGAGAUCUGGCCCGUGCUGUCAGAGACCCUGAACAAACACAGUGCCGAUAACCGCAUCGUGGAACGCUGCUGCCGGUGCCUGCGCUUUGCUGUCCGUUGCGUGGGCAAAGGAUCUGCAGCCUUGCUGCAGCCACUGGUCACGCAGAUGGUGAGCGUGUACCAGGCGCACCAGCACUCCUGCUUCCUGUACCUCGGCAGCAUCCUGGUAGAUGAGUACGGAAUGGAGGAAGGGUGCCGGCAAGGGCUGCUGGACAUGCUGCAGGCGCUAUGUGUACCCACCUUCCAGCUCCUCGAGCAUCCCAAUGGCCUCCAGAACCAUCCUGACACUGUGGACGACCUCUUCCGGCUAGCAACCAGGUUCAUCCAGCGCAGCCCAGUCACCCUGCUGCGCAGCCAGGUGAUAAUCCCCAUCCUCCAGUGGGCCAUCGCUGCCACCAGCCUUGACCACCGGGACGCCAACUGCAGUGUCAUGAAGUUCCUGCGGGAUCUGGUCCACACUGGUGUCGCCAAUGACCACGAGGAGGACUUUGAACUGCGGAAGGAGCUGAUCGGGCAGGUGAUGAACCAGCUCGGCCAGCAGCUCGUGAGCCAGCUGCUGCACACGUGCUGCUUCUGCCUGCCACCCUACACCUUGCCGGAUGUCGCCGAGGUGCUCUGGGAGAUCAUGCAGAUCGACAGGCCGACCUUUUGUCGCUGGCUAGAGAACUCACUGAAGGGUUUACCAAAGGAAACCUCGGGGGGAGCCCUCCAAGUGACACACAAACAACUCACAGACUUCCACAAGCAGGUCACAAGCGCGGAGGAAUGUAAACAGGUCUGCUGGGCUCUGAGGGACUUCACCCGGUUGUUCCGAUAGCUUGCGCUCCUGCACUGAGCCUGUCUCCCAGGAAUGUCUUUUGAUUAGAAGACAGGAAAUAACGCAAACAAGAACGUGUCCCACAAUCAGCAAACUUCAUUGUGGCCGAGGGCUUUCACUCGCUCUAGCGCGUCCCGCCAAACCCGGGGAGCCGCUUCGCCGCCAGAGCAAGCCAAGUGAAGUUCCUGCUUGUGAGCGAGAGGGCAACUCAGACGCGACUAAAGAUGGCUGCAGCCCCACCUCCGGCGCUGCGGGGGGGCGCUUCUUCCCCGAGGGGACUGGCUAAAACAACAAAAAGCAAAGAGAAUAAAAACAAAAAAACAAAACAAAA